UCUAUCUUGUACCUAUCUUCAAUCAACCAUCAAACUGCGAUCACUCGUUCAUUGCGCCCCAUAACCCAUUCAUUACACGUCUUCUUCCCAACCUAUAUUGCCGCAAUAUACUCACUAUUGGCUAUUCAUCCCUUCGGCCAACCAUCACGACAAAGAUGGCCGGCAGUUUCGGCGAAUACCCGCCAAACAUGGCUCCUCAAGACGCGCUUGUCGUUCGAGAGCAAGCAGAGCCGGACCAUGCCGUCACGGUUUAUACAGGCCAAGAUCUUUCACGGCCGGCACUUGGACCAUUAAACCCCUUCAAAGACCAGGCAAAUGCGCUGAAACGAAAAAAUGUGUUAACCGGCAACGCUGAGGAGACCUUUAUUAGCGAGCACACAUUUCGGUCGAAACACAGGGCUAUCGAAGGAAAAGGCGGUCCAGAGAGAGAAUAUAGAUCGGGCGCAGAAGUAAAAGAAGAAGCCGCGAAAAUAAGAGCCGGGCGACAAAGGAAGGGCGACGCAACCAUUGCUGACGGUGACGGCGCAUACCUUGGGCCCUGGGCAGCUUACAAGAAACCUGAAUGGGAAGAGGUAGGCCAAGAUGAGGAACUCGCUAGCGAUGAGGAAGUCGAGUACGUCUACGAAGAUGACGAUGAUGUUGUUGAGAGUGGUGCCGUCGUGUCUGCGCCAGCUGCCGCGUUAGCAAGGCGCAAAGAGGUGGAGGCAAUGGGCGAAGAGACGACUAUCUUCCAUGGUUCCGAGGAAUUCGAUUACCAAGGACGAACAUAUAUGCACGUGCCACAAGAUCUUGAUAUCGACCUCAGGAAAGAACCUGGGAGCAUUACGAACUACAUCCCCAAGCGACUUGUUCAUACGUGGAAACAUAGUAAUGAUAAGGCUACGGCUGUCACAAGUCUUCGCUUCUUUCCUGGUUCUGGUCACCUGCUCUUGUCUGGUGGUGCUGAUAGCACCGUUAAGAUAUUUGAUUGUUACCAUAACAAGGAGCUUCUGAGAUCCUAUUGUGGGCAUACCAAAUCCAUCACAGACCUCACCUUCAACAGAGAUGGUACCCAAUUCCUUUCUGGGUCAUUCGAUCGCUUCAUGAAGCUCUGGGAUGUUGAAACUGGAAAAUGUCUGAACAAGUUUACUACCGGCAAGACUCCUAAUGUCCUUCGGUUCAACCCCUCUGCAGAGCAUCCAACCGAAUUUCUAGCUGGAAUGUCGGACAACAAAAUUGUCCAAUACGACACUCGAACAGGCGAGCUGGUACAGGAAUACGAUCAUCACCUGAACGCUAUCAAUACAAUCGUGUUUGUCGACGAUAAUAGGCGUUUCAUGACGACGAGCGAUGAUAAAUCGAUAAGAGCCUGGGAUUACGGUAUCCCGGUUCCAAUAAAGUAUAUCGCGGAGCCACAUAUGUAUCCCAUCACCAGAACUGCGUUGCAUCCGUCAAACAAAUACUUGGCUUGCCAGAGUUCUGACAACCAGGUUCUCGUAUAUGGUGCCACAGAUAAAUUCAGGCAAAACAGGAAGAAGAGUUUUAGAGGGCAUAACAAUGCUGGGACAGCUAUCGACCUUACCUUCAGUCCUGAUGGCCAAUUCUUAGCUAGCGGUGAUAGCAGCGGCUUUGUGGCCUUUUGGGACUGGAAAACCUGCAAGAUGUAUCACAAGCUGCAGGCCGGGGACCAAGCCAUCACGUGUGUGCAAUGGCACCCUCAAGAAACGAGCAAGGUGGCGGCCGCAGGCCUGGACGGUGUUAUCAGAUACUGGGAUUAAUCUAUUCCCGGACCAAUGGAUACGGGAUAGUUACAUCUGAAGUGGCCUUGCUACUUUCCAGACUGAAUAUUAAAGACCUAUAAUUCGGCUACAACCCAACUAGCGAAGAUACCAGAUUCCAUCGCCACCUUGGUGUGUUUCAG